AUGAUAGGACCCCAUUCCCCAACUGGAAGGCAGUUUGCACUGUCGGAUGGAUCAGCUGUUAUUUAUCCCACUUUUGAAGCCGAUAUAACUGCAGCCCAGGUGGGAAGGGAUUUGGCUUCACGAAACAAAUCAGAGAAGAAACGAAGGGACCAGUUUAAUGUACUCAUCAAGGAACUUAGUACCAUGCUGCAAGGCUCCACGCACAAGAUGGACAAGUCGACUGUGCUGCAAAGAACAAUCGAUUUCUUACAAAAACAAAAAGAGCUCUCAGCCCAGACGGAGGCUUGUGAGAUCAGGCAGGAUUGGAAACCCUCUUUUCUUAGUAAUGAAGAGUUCACACAGUUGAUGUUGGAGGCUUUAGACGGGUUUCUCAUUGCACUCAGCGCUGAUGGAAACAUUAUUUAUAUCUCCGACAGUGUUUCUUCAUUGCUUGGGCAUUUACCGGUCACUGGGCAGUUAUCAAAGAUUGAAAAUGAUAAUCAAUUAUUGGCCUUUGUUAUCAUUGAAGAGUACGCUUUUAUCUCAGAGAUGAGUGCCAAGUCUUGCUUUGCAAGCUGGUCAACUGUUGUUCUCGACAGAGUGUCUGCAGUUAUUUGA